CUACCUCACUGUCAACAUCUUUACAUUUCCACAAGAGCCCUAAACAAGCUAAGCUCCUUCCCACUUACCAUUUUACCAUUAACCCUCUCUCUCUCUCUCUCUCUCUCUCUCUCUCUCUCUCUCUCUCUCUCACUAUCGUGCUGUGGGAUUAGAUAGGUUAGGACUUAGGAACCCAGUAGCUUCCCCCUUUUAGGGAAAUUAUAUUGGCCAAACUUGCAGAUAAACAAGUAAAAGCCCACCACCAACAUGCCUUUCAAGGGUUUCUAUGAUUUUGAUCAAAACAUAAGAUCAUUCAAAAGAAACCUCAAAAACAAACAGACUAUAUGGUUGCCUUACUAAUUUCUCUUUUCCCCUUAACUAUGUACUAUAUAACAUAUACAUAUCGUCCCUAUCAUUCUCCAUUUUCCAUCUAAAUUAAUUAAUCCCCUCCCCCCCUCCCCUCCUCUCUCUCUCUCUCUCUCUCUCUCUCAGCAUUCCUGAACCCUAGCUAGCUAAAAUUCAUGUACCUUUGAUGAUCAAACACUUAUUGGCUUAUCAUUUUAAUUCUUUAGCAGUUCCUCUGUAACUGGAACUAUAAGCUCAGGGCAUCAUACCAUCUCUUUUGUAACUGUGCUCUAUCCAAUCUCUACCUAUUUUAUUACUCUUAUGGGAUCAUAAAAUCCUUCAUGAAAUCUAUCUGUUAACAAGCUUGUUGUGGGCUUUGUUACCCUCUCUCUUUCUCAAGAUCACCUCAUAAACCUCUCCAAGAACAAUCAAGACCCACUUUCCAUACAUGGACUCCCUUCGAGAAUUUGACUCUACAUCCACCACUCUCCCACUUACCUCAAUAACUAGUACCACCACCGCCCCCACUGCCUCCUCCUCCUCCUCUUCCUCCACCUCCUCCACCUCCACUCUCAGCCGCUACGAGAACCAAAAGCGGCGAGACUGGAACACCUUCGGCCAAUACCUCCGCAACCACCGUCCCCCACUCUCCCUCUCACGGUGCAGCGGGGCUCACGUCCUGGAGUUCUUGCGCUAUCUAGACCAGUUUGGAAAAACCAAAGUCCACACUCAACUCUGCCCCUUCUUUGGCCACCCGAACCCCCCUGCCCCAUGCCCGUGUCCUCUCCGCCAGGCCUGGGGUAGCCUUGAUGCUCUCAUUGGCCGCCUUCGUGCUGCCUUUGAAGAGCAUGGGGGCAAGCCAGAGAACAAUCCUUUCGGGGCUCGUGCUGUUAGGCUUUAUCUACGUGAAGUUAGAGAUUCACAAGCUAAAGCUCGAGGAAUUAGCUACGAGAAGAAGAAGAGAAAGAGACCCCAACAGCAACAGCAGCAGAGUCCUGCAUUAUCGAUGGCACCACCACCAGCACCAGCGACCACUAGUGCAAGUGAUGAUCAUGAGUAAGAAUUAAAGUUACCACCCAUUUCAAUUAAAGAACAAGAGUGAGGGUAAAACUCAUUAGAAACUACUCUUUCAUAAUUUUAUUUGCAGUAUGACUAUGAGCUAGUACUCUUAUCUUCUUGUAUUAUAUUUGCGAUGUCUCUUAUUGGGUUUUAAGGAACUCCUUAGAUUGUUAGAUAAUGAACAUGGAUUUAUAUUAUAUUAUUGGGUUUUCUGUUGUCGCAGCAGUAGCAGUAGCAGUAGCAUAGCAGUAGCAGUAAUAGUAGUGAUAGUAGAUGGAGCUGUAUGAACAUGUUUGUGACUUCGUCUCCUAUUUGUCACGGAUAUGUAGCUGGAAAUAUCAUUUAUGACAAGCAAUAGAUUUGGAGAUCA